AUGUCUUCCCAACAGAUUCUAAAUGGAAAAUCAGAAAGUCGCUCCACUCCACCUGCAAACUCGCACGCCAAUCCAAAGAUUCGAACAGGCUUACACUCUCUUCCGAUGGAGAUUCUAGUUCAAAUUUCGAAGGAGUGCAUGAAGGAAGAAGAGACAAGUACAAAUCCUGGCAACAUCACACGCAAAUUGCCAAAACUUAUCACAAGCUUGAAAUGUGGCGUGAACGAUCCAUGGCGUAGACGCUACAUGUAUACCCUAGAGGCUUGCAGCAAGAACUGGAUCUAUUCCCUUCACUUUGGAAACAGGUGGAAGCUGCAGAUGGAUUCCGGAGAAGGUGAACUGGUCCAAAAUAUUGUCAUCAAAUAUGUACCUGAGAUCUGGGCCAGUCUGUCUCCGCACCACUCGCCCUUUAGGUCUGUCCCGACUAUCAACGGUGCCUCCGAGCUCAACGCAUCGGCGAAGCAAUUAAUCUAUGAAAAACAGGAGCGGUUUUACUACUGGAAUCCAUUGCCAGAGGUAGUGAACUCGUCACUAGAGAAUUUACCCAAAGUUCGUUCAAUUCAACUAGAGUUCAAGACCUUCUGCGUUUGCUUCAUAUCAAAAGGCCUUGGUAUGUACAGUGCUUUGGAAAGAUUUCUAGACGAUCAUAAAGACUUCAAGCUCAAAUCCGCCACAAUUGAGCCAAUUGAUGGAAGAGCUCUAGGGGGAAUUGGGAAGCGAGUUGUGAUCCCGCAGGUCACCGUAAUGGCAGGCCAUGACGUCUGUUUUGAUCUCACAGAUAAGGGAACUUGGGUGUUGAAAGCUUUUACAAAACAGACGGAGGCGGGAGUGGAGACUGUUGAUUUAGAUAGGUAUGAAAACUCAGAGGCGGAUACGCUUCGUUUCAAUGCUAUGCAGGCGUGUGCGUAUCCUGAUAAUGAUGCCAAGAUGUUCACUGGAUGCAAAUGGACGUGGGUACUUGAAAGAGAAGAGAAGUAG